CGGAGCCAGGCGGGCAUGGCCCGCGGAGCCGCCGCCUCCCCGGGUCGCCGCAGGCAGCGGCGCUGGUUGCCCGGCAGGCGGCGGCGCCGAGCGCCCCGGAGGCAGCAGGCGCGGACGUGCCGGCGCAGGAGGGCGCGCCCCCGGCGGCGAAGGGAGCCCUGUCCCAGGGGCCCGGGGCCCAUGCAGUUCCCGGCCGCGGAGAGGGGCUGCAGCGCCGACUCGCGGGACCCGUGUGCAGCCCGCGACGACUGGCGCUGUGCGCGCUCCAUGCACGAGUUCUCAGCCAAGGACAUCGACGGGCACAUGGUUAACCUGGACAAGUACCGGGGCUUCGUGUGCAUCGUCACCAACGUGGCCUCCCAAUGAGGCAAAACGGACGUAAACUACACUCAGCUCGUCGACUUGCACGCCCGAUACGCUGAGUGCGGUUUACGCAUCCUGGCCUUCCCCUGCAACCAGUUCGGGAGGCAGGAGCCAGGGUCUAACGCGGAGAUCAAAGAGUUCGCCGCGGGCUACAACGUCAAAUUCGAUAUGUUCAGCAAGAUCUGCGUGAACGGGGACGACGCGCACCCGCUGUGGAAGUGGAUGAAGGCCCAGCCCAAGGGGAGGGGCAUGCUGGGAAACGCCAUCAAGUGGAACUUCACCAAGUUCCUGAUUGACAAGAACGGCUGCGUGGUGAAGCGCUACGGCCCCAUGGAGGAGCCCCUGGUGAUAGAGAAGGACCUGCCCUGCUACCUUUAGCUCCACAAGUGCGUCCCCCGCCCAAGCCCACCGCCCGCGCCCCUCGGAGCCUUCCACCCGGCACCCAUGACGGCCGGCCUGAAAACCAGCGCGCUGG